AUGGCUACUAGACAGAACAGGAAGAUUAGGUUUGGGGACGAUGCGUCCGGUGGGACCGUGGAGGAACCCGGGCCGACGCAGAAGACGCCCAUAAAGGUGCCUCCCAAGUUUUUAGGGCGCCAAAAAGAACGGAUGGGCAAGGCUCCUGUGACGGUAGAGUUUGGAUCAGACGAGGAGAACAGCGAGGAGGAGAACGAAAAGAUCGCGACCGGACGCAAGCCUGUGGACGUGCGGCUCCUGAAACAGAAAGCUGCGAAGCUGCUUUCUGUGCGGGAAUCGCUGCCUGUCUACCAGGUGAAAAACGAGCUUCUGGAACAGGUUCGCUCUGCCAAGGUGUGCGUGCUGAUUGGAGAGACCGGUUCGGGAAAAUCCACCCAGAUCCCACAGUUUCUGAUGGACGAAAACAACAGGGGAAUUGCCGUGACGCAGCCAAGACGAGUGGCGGCCAUUAAUCUUGCAACGAGAGUCUCUGAGGAGUAUGGGUGUGUUCUGGGACGAGAGGUUGGAUACUCGGUGAGAUUCAACAACGUCUCCAGCCGUCAGACGAAACUGAAGUAUAUCACGGAUGGUAUGCUGUUGAGAGAGCUGAUGCUGGACCCGCUGCUGUCCCGCUACAGCACCGUGAUCAUUGAUGAGGCUCACGAAAGAACCAUUCUGACAGACCUGCUGAUAGGUUUUCUGAAGGAUCUCGUGUUCAACAGGCGUUCCGAGGACGAUUUCCAGGUGAUCAUCAUGUCGGCAACUCUGGACGCAGAGAGGUUUUCGCAAUUUUUCAACAACGCCCCGAUUUUCUUCGUCGAAGGACGAAUGUAUCCUGUCGAGAGAUAUUAUCUAGGCCAGCCCGUGGAAGACAUCGUGGACACGGUUGUCAGGACGGUCGUUCACCUGAACCAGACGGAGCCGACAGGAGACAUUUUGUGCUUCUUGGCCGGCCAGGAGGACAUCGACAAAGCGGUGGACACACUGGACAAGCUUGCUCCCGUUUUGCCCAAGGAGGCACCUAUUUUGGUGCCGAUGCCGCUGUAUGCCGCGUUGCCGUCGCACGUGCAAAUGGAGGUGUUCAGGCCGGUCAAGACGAACCAGCGAAAGGUCAUCCUGGCCACCAAUAUCGCAGAAACGUCUGUCACUGUGCCGGGCAUCCGGUACGUGGUGGACUCUGGGCUGCGGAAGGUGAAGGUCUGGAGACACCAGUUGGGCCUGUCGACGCUGCUCAUUGCGCCGAUCUCCAAAGCGUCGGCGGCCCAGCGUGCAGGCCGUGCUGGCAGAGAGGCGCCUGGAAAAUGCUACAGACUGUACCGAGAGACAGAUUAUUUCAAACUGAGCAACAACACGGAACCGGAGAUUUUGCGCUCGGACGUGAUUUCGCCGGUGCUCAUGCUGAAAAAGAUGGGGGUGAACGACAUUCUGGGCUGGCACUGGCUCGAGAACCCGGGCCGCGAGAGCCUGGUGGCUGCAUUGCAGCAACUUUAUUCUCUGAACGCCCUGAACGACAGGGGCCAGAUCACAGAGCUGGGCGAAAAAAUGGUGGUUUUGCCGGUGGCGCCGCACCUGGCAGCCGUCUUGAUCCGCGCACACGAGCUGGGGUGUCUGGGCCCCGUCAUAGACAUUGUGGCGUGUCUUUCCGUAGACAAUCUGCUCAUGUCUCCUCCGAGCGAGAGAAGAGAUGAGGUGAACGAGCGCAGGAAGGACACGUGCAAACUGGGCACGAUCUACGGCGAUCUGCUGAUGCUGAAGGAGCUGUUCGACCUGUAUGUCUCGCUCGCAGACAGCACAGAGCGCAAGGAAUGGUGCAAACAGCUGUGCAUCAAUUUCAAAGGCUUCAAGGACGUUCUGCGUGUGCGCAGACAAAUUGCCGAGUACAUGGGUAUGCUGAAGAUGCACGAGAGCGACGGCUCGCUCGAUGCGAAGCUCGUGCUCAAGGCGUUCCUGUGUGGGUUCCUCACCAACACAGCCAUCGGAAUGCCCGACAGAAGCUACCGCACUGUGGCGACGGGCGACCUGGUGAGCGUGCACCCGUCGUCGCUGCUAUUUGGCCAGCGGAAGCCGGCUAUCAUGUACAUCGAGUACGUAUACACGGUCAAGGGCUACGCACGGGCGGUCUCCACGAUCGAGCUCGAAUGGCUGCAGGAGGUUGCACCGCAUCUCCUGGGUAGCAGAGAAAAAAUAAAAUAG